GAAAAUGAAGAAUUAUGUAAGAAGAGCGCUUUUGUUUACCUUUUCUCGUAUUGGAUAUAAUAUAGGACGAUAUCCGCUGAUUUAUGUUGUAAUUCCCAUUUUACUGGCUUUCAUCUUUACAAGUGGAAUUUUAAAUGUUUCUCUAACAAAGGAGAUGGAAUAUCUUUAUAUACCUCAGAAUGCCAGAAGCAGAACCAUAAGAAAUGCUAUAGAGUCAUUAUUUCCUACGAACAAUACAAGAGUAAGCACUGGAAGACUUUCGAGGAUCAAUAACUUCGAAAUUGUUACAUUAGUGCAUCAAAAUGAAAGCUUUAUGCUAGAUGAAUUUAUCUUAGACGAUUUAAUUAAAUUUGAUAAUAUUGUGAACAACAUAAGCAUCGUUUGGAAUAAUGAUUUUAUUUAUUAUAAAGACUUAUGCAAGAAGACAAAUGAAGAGAAUUGCUUUGGUAACAUUCCUAUAAUUCAGGCAUUUAAAAAUAAAUUGAAGAGUGAUACGUGUAUUGUCAAAUAUCCAAUUGAUAAAUCCUAUCAAGAUCCACUUUUACCACCAUCCAUCAUUGGAGGAGAAGUUCUCAACGAUGAAGGCUGUGUCAGAAACUUCAAAGCAAUCAGAUUUCUUUAUAUUUUGGACGACAGUACAUUGGAAAGAAAAGAAGCAGCAAAAGUUUGGGAAAAGGAGUUUUUAAAAGUGUUAAAAAGUAUAAAUUUUAAAAACAUUAAAUUCUAUGCUUACAACUUACAUAAUUUAGAAGAAGAUCUGGCGAAUAUUGUUCAAAGUGGAACAAAUUUAGUAUUCAUCAUUACACCAAUUCUUCUAUUAUUUGCAUCACUUUCAUCUAUGUCUCCUGAUAUUAUAAAAAGCAAACCCUGGUUGGGUAUUGCUAGCUGUGCGUCACCAUUUUUAUCAACAGCUGCUGCAUUUGGAUUGCUAAUAUACUGCAAAAUGGAAUUUGUAGACAUGAAUAUACUCGUUGUUUUCCUAUUGAUAGGUAUAGGUUUGGAUGAUUCUUUCGUUAUGAUUGCUGCCUGGAGGAAAACUGAUAGCAGUCACUCUAUACCUAAGAGAAUGAGUAAAGCUUAUGAAGAAUCUGCUAUGUCAAUUACCCUUACUUCAUUAACUAAUUUUAUAGCCUUCUGCAUGGCAUAUUCAAUACCUUAUAGAUAUAUUAAAAUAAUAAGUGUAUAUAGUGCAUUAUCAAUAGUAUUUGAUUACAUUUACCAGUUAACUUUUUUUGGAGGUCUCAUGGCUUUAGAAGGCUACAGAGAAAAAUUCAAUAUUCACAGUGUAAUGUGUUGGCCAGUCAAGUCCUUGGAUGACAAGACAGAGCAGAAAGUAGAUAAGAGUGAAGAAAAUGUGAUAAUGAAGUUUCUUACAAAUACUUUAGGUCCUGCUCUCGGAAAAAAGUCAACGAAAAUAAUCGUCACAAUUGUUUUCACGGCUUACAUAAUUGGAGGUGUUUACUGUGUGCAAUUUCUGAAAGUAGGAGGAGAUAUUUCAAAAGUAUUUCAACCGACAUCACAUUCGUUUAAAACUCUAAAAUAUUCUAAUAAAUAUUUUUCAAGUUUUCCGUAUCAGAUAAAUGUUAUCAUCAAUCAGACUUUGGAUUAUUCGAAUCGAAGUGUUCAGAAGGAAAUUGAAACAAUACUGAACGAUUUCGAAACUGCUCCUCAUAUGGCUGGUUCGAAUUUCACAGAGAGCUGGUUAAAAGAGUAUCUGUCCUUUAUAAACAGUCCCGUUUCAAAGUUUUCUUUAGCAGGUCUGAAUAUGAGCAACUCGGAUGACUUUUUAUAUGGUUUAAAGAACGUUUACUUGAACAUAAAACCAGCAAGAAGAUUUAAACAUGAUGUAUUGUUUAGCAGUGAUGGUACCCAAAUUGUUGCAUCUAGAUUUCUCUUAGCAGCUCAUAAUAUAAAAAACGAUAUGGAUAAAACCGUUAUUUUGCAAAGUAUGUUUAAGGUUGCAGACAAUGCCAAGUAUCCGGUUUACGUGUAUAAUUUUUGGUUUAUGUUGUAUGAGUCAUACUUCAAUGUAACUUUGAUAUGUCUACAAACACUGUGCUUCACAGUUUUAAUAAUGAUGCUGGUAUUUAUGACAUUUAUUCCUGAUGUAAAACUCGUCAUAGCAUCUGUUUUAACAAUUGCUUCAAUUCAGUUAGGUAUUAUUGGUUAUAUGUCUAUAAUUAAAGUGAAUUUAGAUGGUACUUCGAUGCUGCUUUUAAUCAUAAGUACAGGAUUUUCUGUAGAUUAUAUGGCACAUAUAUCGUAUGCUUAUAUCAGCUGUACAGAAAAGGAUCCAAACAAAAAAAUUAUAAAUGCGUUUCAAUUAACAGGGUAUCCAAUAUUACAAGGUGCCCUGACGACAUUAAUCUGUGUAUUUGUUCUAUAUUUUGGACCGUCGUAUCAAUACGUGGUAACUUUUAAACUGUUUUCUUUAAUGAUUAUAUUUGCUCUUUUUCACAGUUUAUUAUUAGUACCUGUUGUACUUAGUUGUUUAGAUUUAUUGGCUAUUAAACUGCGCAAAAAAAGGAAAGAAAAUGGUGUUUUUGCACUUCAAAGUGCACUGAGUUAAAAAUUUACGUUUGUAUUCGUAUGUUUUAAUAUAAACGUAAGCACCACUGAAUUAUACAGUACGGUAGUAAAGUCGCUCCGUAGUGGGCAUGGAAACGGAAGGAGCUUCCAGAAAGGAAGUAAUGACGUCACAGAUAGGCCACACGCCAAAAAGAUAACGUCCACAAUAUAUUCUGUGCGAUUUGAACACCAAAUUAUAUAUGUACUUAGCUAAGUUACAUGAGAUACUAUAGUGUACUUGUAUUGAUUAAAUAGC